AUGAUUGUAAAAGUGGGAUUAUCAGGCACAACUACUGUGGAACGGCUACCCACAGUUUUUUUACCUGACCUGUUACUAAUCUCCUUUGUCAUCACUGGCCUGUUGGCUACUGCGCGAGCAGAGGCUGACUCCACCAUAACCCGCUAUGCUACCGAAUUGAACAUCGAUGGUUCUUACAGUUUUGAUAUAGCGCAAUCGAAUGGCGCCGAACAUCGCGAGGAUGGCGUGGGUGGACAAUAUGCUCAGGGUUAUUUCCGUCACUACUCGCCGGAAGGAAAAUUCGUGCAAAUUAUUUACGUAGCCGAUGAGAAUGGCUAUCAGCCGCAAUCCGAUGCGCUUCCUACGCCACCACCGGUGCCAGCACACAUACAGCGAGCCAUUGAGUACAUACGCGCACAUCCCACACCCGAAGAGUUGGCCGAUCAACAGGUGCGCGCUAGACAGUUUUAAACUGAAAACGCCAAUUUGUACUGAGGCAAAAUUAGGCGAAAUUGUCUUAAUGAAUCCGAAGGCUUUUGUUGUUCAUGACUUUUAGUAGGAAACAUAAUAACGGAUUAUUGCUUAUUUGAUCAAUUAACGGCCUGCGGCAGAUACAUUAAGACACACACUUUGUACCUUAC